UGCACUGGAAUAAUAACUGCUCAAAAAUCAGAAAUGAAUUCCUUCAAGACCCUGUUUCUCCUCUCCGUCGGAUAUCACUUGAACUCCUGCUCUCAGUUCCUCCCACGAAAGUACUACUACAUUGAUAUGAAAAUGAGCUGGACCGAUGCUCGGCAUGUCUGCAGAGAGAACUACACUGACCUGGCGACCUUCGAAAACAUGGAUGACAUAAACAGCCUCGAGCCGACCUUUAGCUAUGAACUGGCAUGGAUAGGACUGUGGGAUGAUCCACAAUCCUGGAAGUAUGCUAUGGGCAGUGAAUCCAACUCCUGGAGAUGGUCAGCAACUAAUGAAACAAGCAAAACCGGUUACAGCAACUGGAUGACAAAUGAACCACAACAUGCCGGAAGUAGCGAAACCUGUGUGGCAAUGACCACUGAUGGAAAAUGGAAUGAUCGGAAUUGUGAAAUAGGCGACUAUUUUAUUUGUUAUACUGGUAAGAAAAAAAUCUUGUUCAUGGAUUUAACUUACUGA